CUUGACCGCGGCCUGUCAUCUGACUCUUUUCCUUUUCCUGGGAGAGAAAAAAGUUUUGAAACCCCACCCUCUGCACUGACUGGAAGCACAGGCGUAGAAGUGGUUCGAGGUGCCGGAUAGUGAACAGUGACCGAGGAAGAGCAACGUGAGAGGAAGAUAAUGAUGGAGCCCUGUUUUAAAAGCCGACUGUAAGGACCGUAGCACCGACAGGACCAGGCCACGGAGCUCAACUCCUCUGAAAAACUAACGGAACUUGUUUUUUUUUUCCUUGUUGUUGUUUUAGUUGGCGCUUCUCUGUGGAACGUGAACAGGUUUGGAUACAGCUCUUCCUGUUAUACGGUUCCUGUGAUUAUAUCUCGUGAUAAAGCUCAACUCAUUGCGUGGUUCUGAUAUAUGGCCGCUGUUAUGGAUACUCUCCCUCAGCGGGAUGCGGGAUUUCCUGCGGGAGCGCCGCAAAGUUGCGGCCAGACGCGGUAACUGAAGUUUCGGUCCCAGUUGUGCGAGCUGGUCAGCCCUGAAACUUGUUGUAAAAGCACUGGUUGGCUGGACUGAAUGCUCCUUUCCUGCUAUUCUUCUCAGCUUCUCAGCGCUUCCUGCUUGUGGUGGCCACUGCACUUAAUGGCUAAAAAUACAUAAAACUCAAAAUGGACAGCUACACUCUGUGGGGAGCUUAAUUUUGGUGCUGCACUCGCAACAAUUAUAGUGAAUUUACAGCAAACUCCAGCCCAUUUUUUUUUUUAUUUUUGUCUUUUAAGCUUUGGGUCGUCAGCGUAACAACUCAACAGGUGGCAAUUUUGAAAGAGGGAAGCAAAGAGCCUAUUCGCCCAUAAUGAGGUGAUUCAGAGGCCUCUCAAGUACAGACCGGUGAAAUGAUAUUGUGCCCAAACCAUGAGUUGGGAAACCACACACCACAUCACUUACAGUGCUGCCUGUCUGAGCUUUGAUACACUCCGUAAUAAUCAAACAACAGCAGUUCUGCAUGUUCAAAUGUAGACCUUUUGCAUUUCAUGCAAACACGAAUGAAAGACACUCGUUGUCCACUUAUCUGUUCCUGUAGCCUACUUGUUGGUCAAGCUUUUGAAUACAUUUCACUGGUCCCUGAUGAACCAACAAGAAAGACAGGAAAGGGAGCGAGGCGCAAUAAAGUACUCCUUUGUACUUUAUUUUCAAACCCUUUGGGCGCUAAAUCUGAUCCAGCCAAAACAUCUGCUUGAGGCUCCAUGGAGCCACUGAAGAACAUAUUCAGCCGUGGCCCACUGUCCAACUGGAAAAACUUGGAUCAAUCACAAAAAGGGAACUUCACCAAUCCCGUGUGGACGGCCUUAUUCGACUAUGAGGCGUCCUGUAAAGAUGAGCUCACCUUGCGUAAAGGUGACCUGGUGGAGGUCCUCUCUCUGGACUCUGAGAUAUCAGGGGACGAAGGCUGGUGGGCGGGUAAAGUCAACAACAAGGUGGGCAUUUUCCCGUCCAACUACGGUUCCUUCAAGCCAAGCGGAUACGGGAAGCUUCCGGGAAGCGGCGUUGUCAGUGAGCUUGGCCCGGCUGUGGUGGGAGACUUUGACCCCGAGCAGGUGGAUUUCAGGGAGCUGAGCCUUGAGGAGGUCAUUGGGGUUGGGGGUUUUGGUAAGGUGUAUCGUGGUACAUGGAGAGGCGGGCUGGUGGCCGUGAAGGCUGCUCGCCAGGACCCGGACGAGGACAUCAGUGUGACGGCUCAGAACGUGAGGCAAGAGGCACGUCUGUUCUCCAUGCUCCAGCACCCGAACAUCAUUACCCUUAAAGGUGUCUGCCUGCAGGAACCCAACCUGUGCCUCAUCAUGGAGUACGCCUCAGGUGGGCCGCUGAGCCGGGCACUGGCGGGGCGUCGCAUCCCGCCGCAUGUCUUGGUCAACUGGGCCGUGCAGAUAGCCAAAGGGAUGUUGUACCUCCACAAUGAAGCCAUCGUCCCCGUCAUCCACAGAGAUCUCAAGUCCAACAACAUUCUUCUGGCUCAGCCCAUAGAGAACGAGUGCAUGGAGGGUUUGACGUUGAAGAUCACCGACUUCGGCCUGGCGAGAGAAUGGCACAAGACCACCAAGAUGAGCACAGCUGGCACUUACGCCUGGAUGGCUCCUGAGGUCAUCAAGUCCUCCACCUUCUCCAAGGGCAGCGACGUCUGGAGCUAUGGCGUUCUGCUGUGGGAGCUGCUUACAGGAGAGGCUCCCUACAGAGGCAUCGACGGGCUCGCCGUCGCGUAUGGAGUCGCGGUCAACAAGCUCACACUGCCCAUACCUUCCACGUGCCCCGAACCCUUUGCACAGCUCAUGUCAGGGUGCUGGCACCAGGAUCCCCACCACAGACCCAACUUCAGCUCCAUCCUGGCCCAGCUGACGGCGCUGGAGCAGCAGGUGAAGGAGGAGAUGCCUCAGGACUCCUUCCACUCCCUGCAGGAGGACUGGAAACUGGAGAUCCAGGACAUGUUCGAUGAACUGCGGGCAAAGGAGAAGGAGCUGCGGUGCCGCGAGGAGGAGCUGAAGCGGGCCGCGCUGGAGCAGAAGUCCCACGAGGAGUUCCUGCGGCAGCGCGAGCAGCAGCUGGCGCAGUGGGAGCAGGACGUGUUUGAGCGCGAGCUCAGCCUCCUCAUCCUCCACCUGAACCAGAACCAGAACCAGGAGAAACCCAAUGUCAAGAAGAGGAAGGGCACCUUCAAGAAGCACAAGCUCAAGUGCAAGAACGGGGAGAAGAUCAGCAUGCCUCAAGAUUUCAUCCAUAAGAUUACAGUGCAAGCUUCACCAGGUCUGGAGAAGAGGCGCAACUCUCCGGAUCUGGGGUCAGGUUCCUCGCCCUCCUUCGGCCCACGUUUCCGUGCAAUCCAACUCAGUCCAAGCGACAACAGCAGGACAUUUGGUCUGAGUCCAGUUUGGCCUCUUGAGGCUCCUUCCCUCAAACAAACCAAUGGAGAUCUGAGGUUGGGCCCCCACUGGAGGCCCCAGAGCCCCAAAAGUCCCAAGAGUCCCAAAGUCCUGCGCCUUAGUCCCCAGGAAAGCAGUCUUUCGAUGAGAGCCAAGCUCCUGCAGUCGGACAGCAAAGAAAACGGAGACUCCAAGGACGACUUUGAGGAGUACAGACCCCCCACACCGACCCCUCCCUCUGCUCAGAACGGCUCCUCAGUGAAGGACAGCCUGCGGCUUCCUCUACCUCAGGGAGACUCGGGCAGCGAGGAAGGUGGUUCCUCCCCAGCUGGCUCCCCCAGGCCUGAGAGGGUUUCCCACGGUGGCCUGGUUAAGAUCACACAUCGAGCCCUGCUUGGUAGUGGCUCCCUCCUAGCCUCCAUAGGACUGGGUCGCUGUCUCGAAAUCCCCCCAAGGGUGCCCCCUCGAACUAAUCCCUCUUCCCUAGGGGACCGCACCCCCUCUGACCUUGAGAUCUCCUCCCCCAAGCCCCUCAUUUCUGACCCCCCAACAGUGGACGAUCUUAUCACCUUCUCCACCUCUGAGCCACUACCGAGAGCGCUCUUGGACGUAGUUCUGCAGUACCAAGAACUUAAGCCCUUGCCCCUGACGCCGCCUCCACCAAACCCCCGCGAGAGGAGCCAUAGGACGCCACCCAGCCCGCAGAUGCCCAGGAUCCUCCAUCAGCAGGACCGCAACAGCACGGCAGAAUUGACCCUGUGUCCCCAUCAUUCCACUAAUGGAGAGCUAGCCUGUGAGGCGUGGGAACACAGAGCCGAGAGGGGGAGGAGGUCCAGCCAAGGCCUGCACACCUCUCAGCUAGUUCUGGACCUGCCCUUAUGCCAAGACACACAGGACUCUGAUGACAAACCCUCAGUUCCCUUCUCUCUCCACCCUAACCCCGCCCUUUGGGUCCCCAAAGCCCGCUGCCUGGAGGUCAACGUCAUACCCCGCCCCCGCCCGUCACCCAUCCGCCCCCGCAUCGAUCCCUGGAGUUUCAUCUCAGCUGGCAGCGGGAACUCCGGUGGAGGCCGGAGCCCGAACCGCUCGGACAGCAGCCCUCUGGUCUUCCAGCCCUCCCCUAACAACCCCUUCACCAACUGUGACCCAUUCCCGUCACCGGACUGUGACCCGUUCGCCCUCAGAGCCGACCCCUCGGGCAGCUCGGACACACCGUCGCCCUUUGACCCCUUCUCGGCUCCCUUCCCCACGUCGCGCUCUGCCCCGUGCUCCACCAACGGCUCGCCCACGCUGCCCUCUUCGCGCAUCGUGCCCCUCAACCCAGCUGACUCACCUCUGAUUGACCUGACCUGGGCGGCCUGCGGCAAACCCCUGGACGGCACCAAAGAGAGAGCUCACCCUCGGCGGACAAUGGGGCUCAAGCCCUUUAAGUCGCCGACGCAGCUCAGAGACGACAGGUUCUAAACCCACCUGUCUCACCUGUGGCCGACUUUCACUUGUGGAUUUUUCUCACAGGAACACAGUCCAGGACUGUCUCCACCACCAUGUCCUACAUUUUAAAAGAAAGGUGGGGCUUUGGAAUGUGGGAAAGUUCCCUGCGAACCAAUAGCUGGUGCCCAUUUUGCUCUCCCUCUCCGUCACUGUUUCUGUGUCACAGAUCACACAGAUCACUUGUCCCGGUCUUCAGAUUCCAUCAGACUGCUCAUAUCACCUGCUAUCAUCUCCCCCUACCUUUGAAGCAUUGUGACAAUGCAGAGGUGGAUAAGGCGACUUGCACAGCUUCAUCUGCCUCUACCUCUCUGCAGACUGAAAGCUUACCGGACAAUGGAAAAUUGGAAUGCCUUCGUUCAUUAAGUGUUCCUAAUAUAUAUAUAUAUAUAUAUAUAUAUAUAUAUCUUCUCAAGGUUCCUUGAAUAGAUAAUCUGGUGCGUAGGGAGAAUGCUAUGAAUUUGGCUUAAAUUUGCAGAUCUGCUUAGAAUUGCUGAGGCAGAAAAUGUUGUCUGUGUGUGCGUUUAUGUCUAGACUCAUUGUUCAACGAAGGCUCACUGGGGUUUUUUAUUUUUUUUUAAAAACAGAAUCUGCCCUGCUGCAUUGUGGGAGAAAGCACUCAGAGUGGAUAAUCUAGGCUGCUCACGAAAUCCAAGACAAAAACCAUGACCCAGGCAUUCCACUUGGUAGCAGAUAACAUUCCGGUCACAUUCCUUGGGAAAUGCCAGGGAUUUGACAGAUUCACUUAGGCUGGCAGGGGACAGAGCAGAGGAAACACGACGACAGAGGCCUCUGCAUUCCCCACAUGUGCCAAAGAAUUCCACAGUGGGUCAGUGUAAGAACGGGAACAAAGUUGUUUUUACCUCCACAGAGAGUCAGACGGGUGGGUUUGCCACACUGGACAAUCGUACUAAAACAAAAACAUUGAACUAGUUUAUGAUCCAGACUUUACAGUCCAGUCCAUCAGAGGAGAAGGGGUCUCACCAAGCCAGCCCAUAAUCUCACAUUGCAGUUUUUCUUUGACUUGAACCUGAAAAAGUGCUCUCCUUGUUCCAGUAAAAGCUCUUUUGUGCUUGUGUUGCUACUUGGAUAAUGGAGCUUUUUCGACUUCUCAGUUUGAAUCGUCUAAUUGGUGCGUGUGAAUAUCCUGUCAGAAAUUCUAAUUCCAAUCCAACAGAUCCACAAUGCUGUGUGAGGAAGUGUGAAGCUGCCUCAUUUAGAGUGAAGCCUCUGCUGUGUACGUGUGAAUGCACUGUCACUUUUACACACAUGAGACAUUUCAUGUCAUUUUGAGCAUCAAGACCAACAACAAGUCAAACUAUCUUUUUAGGUAGACUGAGAUGUAGGCUGGCUUUGCAAGACUCGUUUAAUAUUGGUCCAAAUAAAAAAGAAAAAAACAUCCUAAAACAUCUUAGUACUUAAAAAUAUCUGGUAGGAAGCUUUGGGUAGCCGCGGUGUCAUGUUGAGACGCUCUCGGUUCAGAUACAACACAGACAUUUAAGCCCCGAACAGGAAAAAUACAGGGAAUAAAUUGACCGCGGAGUCACUGAAACAACGCUUUAUUUCCACCCACAGCAGCCUUAACAGAUCAGAACACACUGGAGCGACUACCCAAACAACUCACAAUCAUCAUCGUCAUCAUCCGUGGUCGUCGUGCUAAACUAAAUGUAACCUGUUCUGACAGUUUCCCAGGGUUUGGCAGGUUGAGGGAAAAUGGCUGGCUUGCAUCGACAAACACGUCAGAAAAUAACUCCAACCUGAAAUGGGUUGAAUAUCUCAGUAUCCAAGGUUGUUUUCAUAUCUGACGGCCAGGUCCUAAGCAUGUUGUCUAUUAGCAUAUUUGGCGCAGGUCAAGGAUGUGAGCAACUGAAAGAAACCCACUCACACAUGAUGGCACACAGCGUUCUGUUCAAAGGUAGAAAUGCCGUUCUGAGGCUCGUCGCUGACACCGUGUCAUUGAGCGACAACAGCAGCUUUGUUCCGACCAAGAGAGAAAACCUUGUCUCCUUUGAGAUUAGCCUGCUAAUCCUAGCAAUGAAUAGCGGAGGUUGAUCGCGACAAUUAGCCCCCGUGAUAAGUGCAAGGAUAAUUAACAAAGCGCUCCGAUAUUUGGUUAAUUAAUUUGCCCCAUUACGUCAAACGCACAGGCUGUAUCAGCUGCCAUCUCCUUCGAAGCUGUGCACUGUUCUUUAUGCGUAACGGUUUAAAACGCAGGUUUUCCUUUGACAGAGAGGCAACCGUGGAAGCUCACCUUUAU